ACACGCGCUCCGUAUUCGAUACAAAAAGGUAGAAGCGGUGAGUGACGCCAGUGAAGGUGAGUCACAGACAUGAGGAGCCACGGGCUGCUGGUGAUGUCGCUGCUGGUCCUGCUGCUGUGGGCGUCCUGCUCCCAGUCACACGACCAGCACAGCGCUGGGAAAGACACCGGCGCGUCCGGGGAGCCGUCGGACGGGACGUCAGGGGAGAAACCAGGAGAGGGAGCGCAGGAGGGCGAGGAGGAGAAGCCAGAGAGAGAGAAAACCACGGAGAUCGAGGAGGACAGAGACGUGAUGGUUCUGCACAGCAACAACUUCGACAGAGCUCUGAGCGAGAACCAGUAUCUACUGGUUGAAUUUUACGCCCCCUGGUGCGGUCACUGCCAGCGUCUGGAGCCGCUCUACGCUGAGGCUGCUGGGAAGCUGAAGGCCGAGGAGACGGGGAUGCGUUUGGCCAAAGUGGACGCCAUCGAGGAGAAGGAGCUGGCGGACGAGUUCGACGUGGACGGGUUCCCAACGCUGAAGGUGUUCAUCAACGGAGAGCGCAAGCAGCCAGUGGACUUCACAGGUAAGAGGACAGUGGAGGGGAUCAUCCAGUGGAUGAAGCGUCGCGCGGGACCGGGUGCUCCACAGCUCCACUCUGCAGAAGCUGCAGCCGAGUUCAUUGACGCCCAUAACGUCACAGUUGUUGGCUUCUUUGACAAUCUGGAGAGCGAAGCGGCUCGGCUGUUUAAGGAAGUGGCCUACGACAUGGCCGACACAGAGUUCGCCGUCACAGCGACUCCUGAGGUUUUCAAGAAGUAUGAAGUCAAAGAAAACUCUGUAGUGCUCUUCAAGAAGUUUGAUGACGGCAGAGCCGACUUCCCACUGGCAGAAGACGGGAAACUGGACAAGAGCAACGUGACCACGUUCAUCAAGGAGAACAGCCUGGACCUGAUCAUCGUGUUCAGCACGGAGACCUCAGAGAAGAUCUUCUCCUCCAGCAUCCGCCUGCACAGCCUGCUGUUCAUCAACUCCACGGAGGAGAGUCACGGCCCCCUGCUGUGGGAGAGUAGGGCUGUGGCCAAGGAGUUCAAGGGGAAGAUGCUGUUCGUGGUCAUUGACGUGACGCUCGCUCUGUCUCACGUUCUCACCUACUUCGGCGUGUCUGCGAGCGACGCACCCACCGCGCGCCUCAUCAACAUGGACACCGGCGACAAGUUCAGCCUGGAGUCUGAGGGUCUCACAGCGGACGCACUGCGGCGGCUGUGCAGGGAGGUCGUGGGCGGCACAGCCAAGCCCUACUAUCGGACCGAGGAGAUCCCAGAGGACUGGGACAAAGGCCCAGUUAAAGUCCUGGUGGGGAAGAACUUUGAGUCCGUUGCUCUGGAUCCCACGAAAAACGUCUUUGUUGAAUUUUACGCUCCGUGGUGUGGACACUGUCAGGAGCUGCAGCCCGUCUGGGAGCAGCUGGGCGAGAAGUACGCCGACCGCGAUGACAUCAUCAUCGCCAAAAUGGACGCCACAGCCAACGAGGUGGAGUCCGUCGUUAUUCAAGGAUUUCCCACCCUCAAAUACUUCCCAGCGGGUGAUAAAGAGAUGGUCGACUACACUGGAAAAAGAGAUCUGGAGACAUUUUCUAAGUUUCUUGAUAACGGAGGAGUUUUGCCCAAAGAGGGAAGUGAUGAGAACGACGAUGACGGUGAUGAUGAUGACGACAACAAUGACGAUAACGAUGAUGAAGAUGAUAAACCUAAAGAGAGCGAAGAAGAUGAUAAUAGCAAGGAGGUUGAUGAGUCUGUGGACGUACAGGAGAACCAAACGUCCAAAGAUGAGCUGUGACCGGACUUUCCAGCCAAUCAGGAUCAACCUAGCAUCUUUCAGUUUUCUUAAUAAAAUAAAUUUGUGUUUAUUAUGUUCUGUCACAUUUAGUGAACGUUAAACUAUCAUUGUCUUUAUACUUGAUUUAUUGAUUGAACCCUGAUUUGUCCAAAGACGUUUCUCACAGAAAACACAGACAGUUUUAUAAACAAGUAAUAUGAA